AUCAGCAUAAAGCCGAGAAAGGUUUUACUGGGGCGGGAACGGGUCGGGCACAGUGAGCUAGCGAGCUGUAUCUAUCCCGGUUUUUAAGCAGUGCUCGCACCCCAGCGCGGAGCGGCUCCUUCCCAGACCUGUCCCAGGUGAACCUAAUGGCCACAAAAAAGGGGAGUUCAUGGCAGCAUGACCAAGGAGGCCAAUUUGAGUCCAUAAUGUCUGUGGCUGCUGGCUGUCUGGCUCAGAAAGGUGUGGAAGCGCUAUUUGACGCAAUCACAUCUGAUGAUGAUGAUGAUGAUCUUCCUCUGAAAGGUGCAGAAAAGAUACUCUGCAAAACCUUGUCUGUGGCUGCUGGCGGUCUGGCUCAGAAAGGUGUAGAAAUGAUAUUCGAAGAACUGAUAUCUAAGGAUGAUGAUGAUGAUGAUGAUCUUCCUCUGAAAGGUGCAGAAAAGAUACUCUGCAAAACCUUGUCUGUGGCUGCUGGCGGUCUGGCUCAGAAAGGUGUAGAAAUGAUAUUCGAAGAACUGAUAUCUAAGGAUGAUGAUGAUGAUGAUGAUCUUCCUCUGAAAGGUGCAGAAAAGAUACUCUGCAAAACCUUGUCUGUGGCUGCUGGCUGUCUGGCUCAGAAAGGUGUAGAAGCGCUAUUCAAAGAGCUAACACUAAAGGAGGAAUCUCACCCUGGGCUUAGCUACAGGGACAAAAGCCAGAAGCCUUUCUGUGCAGAUGCCCAGGAUGCCAGGGUGCAGAGAUGUCCCAGCAGGGGGUUUUUCCCAGCGCAAGCAGGAGAGGAAACAAAAAACCAACCUGCAGAAGACCUAAGAAGCGACCUGUGGGAACCCAGAACAUAUCUCUGGCAGUCCAGGAUGGCCAGGACCCCUGCCAGGGAGCUCAGAAGCCCUGGCACAGAGCCCAAAAUGCCCCUGCGGUUUUGAUUAUGACCCGUGGAGCAAAUUACGGACCUUAUAUGAAGAUCAGCAUAUCUGAUCUUCUUAUAAGGUCCGUAAGCCACAACAGUUUAGGCAGAAUAAUAGUGAAGUUAUCAUGGGGUGGAAAAGUAGAUUUUGGGGUUUUUGGUUUGGGGGUUCAGGAGGCAAGAUGGAGGGGACUGGGUGUGUCCAGCCUUUCUCCUUGUUCUUCUUGGCCUCCAUCUUCUGCUGUGAUGGUGGCACUUACAGAUUGGUUUAGAGUAGAAGCUCACUGUCUAACAUAGGUGAUAGGUUUUGGAAAGUAAUUGUAAACAUUGUAUACAUAGUUUGUAGUAUAAAGACAUAACACCACCCCAGGGGCAGGCAGAGUGCCUGGACCUGUCCUGCUGAGCUGAUCUUGGCAGGGCAGGAGAAAAUUUUUUAUAGAUAAGAUAAAAUAAACAACCUUGAGACUGAGAAA